CCAGAGAGGGCAAGAAGGGCGGGCAGCAGGCGAGGGAGACGGAAAUACAGAGAGAAAGCGAGCGAGCGAGCGAGUGAGUGCGUGAGAGAUUUUUUCUUCCGCGACGCAUAUCAUACACAUACACGACUUGUACAUUUAUUUUAUACCAUUCUUCGCAUCGUCACGGCUUAAUACCCGGUAUUUUCUUGCUCUUGUUCUUGUUCUUCUUUUCUGAUCCGGUGGUGCUGGUGGACACCAAGGUUGGGGUUGUUUGGCAUGUCUACCUAUCUAUCACGACGCCUGCACGCCCGUCUCAGCUUUUUUUUUCUUGGUCCCCUUCGUUUCUUUUUUACUUUGUUCUCUGAUUCUCUUCACGUCUUUUUAUUUAUAAACAGAAUUUCUGGAGCGCUCUCGAAGAUGCUAGCAAUACCAGAUAUUAUACAUCUACUACUGUCUCUACUGGAGCUCCUUUCUAACAAGAAAAAUACCAUCCCCCUUUCUCUUCUCUCCCCCCCCUUUCCCCCCACUUCCCCUUCACUCUUUUCCUCGAAAGCACACAAACUACGAGGCUACCUUCUUGGCUUUGGGAUACAUGUUUCCGUAUCGCCAAGGGGUUGGCAUUGUUUUCCCGUUAGCAAAUGCACAAAGAUACACUAGCUAAAUAGGGGAAUCGCAAGGAGGGAGGGGGAAAG